AUGAGACGGAUAGAAAAACUUGUUAAAGUGCAAAGACAAUGUAGAUAUGGUGAGUUUUCCGCGACUUGUCUGGGUGUUCAGAACAGACUGAUUUCAGCGUCAGAAUCAGCAGCGGUCAAGAAGCCCAUCGAAGACCAUAAUGACUGGAAAUUGAACCUUCUUAAAAUUCUAGAGGCGGACUACAAGUACAAGAAAAGAAUAGUUCGUUAUGAAAGAAUGAGACAGAAUGUGGUAUCUGACGUUGUUCGGUUCACUCUGAAAGAUGAUGCUCAGUCUCUGAUCCGACUUACAGGGAGUCAGUUAAGGCAUCGUGGUACGGCAGAGGUGAUUCCUGAAUAAUAGUUGAUUCGAAGCAGUGUAAUAUCCUUGAAGAUAGUUCCAUUGUGCUUAUUGGCACUCAACAAACAAGUUGAACAGACGCUCAAGAAAGUCGAGGCCAUCCAGUCGCCAGCAGCUCUUUCUCUGUUCACAGGAAUCGGAGAUUUGUGGAGAUCUUUGAAGCCUGUGGAGAAUAACACGACUAAAAUUAUGGCCCUUCUUCUUUUCAACAAUAUUCGGAAAUGGAAAGAUCAACGAGCCUUUGAUUCCAGGAGCAAUACAAUUGCGGAUUUGUUUGACUCCAUGGAAAAGAAGAUGAUAUCGUUGGCGAAAGAUGUUCAUGCUCAUGAUCUUAGUGUUCUAUUGAGUACAGAAGAUCGGAAUACAAUUCAGAAGGAAAUUGGUCACUUGAUAAAGUUUUCGCCGCCAAUUCCACGAAAAGCUGAGCCAACAAGAUAUCAGAGUGGACUAUCUCUGGUUGCACCUCUUCAGGCAUCUUGUCCCAAAGAAGAAUAUAGGAGCAACCCAUUUCGCGUGGACAAUAUCGAAAAGGUUCGAUAGUAACUUAGCCAUCUACAGUAACUGGGCCAAACAUUUUUUUUUUGAUUUUCCCGUUAUUUUCAUGGCUCGUUCUGCUCAACAAAGCAAGUUAUUUUUCGUAGUUGAACUACAGAACAUGAUCGUUUGUAUUAACAAAUGAUCUUCAGGUAACUUUGUCUUUCGGAAUGUAAUUACCCAACACUAAGUAAUAGUAUGUCUAACUGAAAGUUAAUUUCUUGAAGAUUCGGAAGGGAAAUUUCUUGAAGAUUCGGAAGGGAAAUUUCUUGAAGAUUCGGAAGGGAAAUUUCAUAAAUAUUCUGAAUCCGUUCUUUUAUAUUUCAAAAUGCCCCUAGGAGAGAAUCUUAUCUGAAAAUGCACUAGAAUGGAAUUUUUGAACGAAUCUCAAAUUUCUUCGUUUUUCCGGAUUUCCAGGCUUUCCGGGCUUGUGGAGGUUUUUAAUUCACCCCGACCAGUCCGUUGCAAGUAAAUAUAGCAUGUAGUCACAGGUGAUUCGCGAUCGGUCUAUUGAGAACGUGGACCUGUGAUAGGCCUAUAAUAUGCCUAUCACGAAGAAAAUGUUCGCCGAUGGACGCAUUGUAGGCAGUGGGGCGCACCGUUCGCGAUGGGCCUAUGAUGGACCUGUAAUAGGCCGAUCGCGAAAACCGAAUUCGAAAUUUUCCGAGUUCUCUAUAGACACAUCCGCGAACUUGUAAUAGACCGAUCGUGAAUUACCUGUGAGACCGAUCGCGAAUCACCUCUGGUGGUAACGUGUAGUGAACGUAGAAAAUUAAGGGAGAUGAAGGAAGAAUGAUAGACGCAAAGUUUUUUCAGGAAGCAUACAAAGCGCUAUUCGACAAACACUUGGAAGUGGAAUCUUCGAUGUGGAUCCAAGUUAAAAAUACGGUAUCACAUGUGAAAACCAAAGGAAUGAGUGGAGAAGAUCUUAUUGUCCAAUGGGAUUGGAAAAAACGUAUUCGUGAUCAGCUGAAGAUGAUUGAUCCAGACGAUACACAUCCGUUGGGUAACCAAGACUACUCGCUCCUUGCAUUUUUUAAUUUCUUGAAUUUCAGUAUCCACUUGCUUGGAGCUGAUUCCCCGAGACAAACUCGUCGAUUCGUUGCAUUUUUCCGCACUUGCUGUUUGUUCUCAAGGUCAAAAUCUGAUCGGGGCCACACAGUUUCAAUUUGACGUGAUCGAGCCUAUUCUCAAAGAGCUGGGAAAUGUCUUCAAAAAGAAAAUGGGAAUCAAUGAGAACGAGGUUUACAAAGAAAAGCGAGGAAUCUUCAUUGAUGAAAAUUGUUUCAGAUUUGGAAAAAAGUUUUUAACAAUUACAUCGACUUAUUUCAAGACUCAGAAGUUUCCCGAAAUAACACGCAUCGAGAAUGGUGGGUGAAAUCGUGCAAGUCAGUCAGUGUUUCGCCCGACUAUCAAUUUGAAAUGGGAAACAUGGAUCUUGAAACGAGGAACGAGGUGUGCAACGUGUUUAUAAAUGCCAUUUUUGACGGCUGCGUCUUUCCUGUUGAGACCAAAGGCGGAACAGGUAUUUUUCUCUAUAGUUUCUAUUCGAAUUUCGAAACUUUUGAAUACCCAGCCUACCAAUUGUUUCCAAUUUUCAGUAAAGUGGCAGCGUGCAUUCUCAUACCGUUCCAUUUCAUUAGAGGAAGAAUCCAAACUGUCGACCGAUGCGAGACUUUCCCUAUCUCGAAUGCUGGCUAUCAACUUGAAACUCAAAGGAGUGUUCGAAAAAAAUCCAUUCCAAUACAUUAUAUUCUCUACCUCCAUCUUACCCAUGACAGUUCCACCUCGACCGUGGAUUGACAAAGGAAAAGGUGGGCCAUUGUAUUCGACAAGUCAAGACAUCAUCCGGAACAUGUUGGAGUUCAAAACAGUACAGUUGAACACUGAAAUGAAACAGAGAAUAGGAUCACCUGUACAAGCGAGACCUGUUUUCGAUGCGCUGAAUCAGUUAGGAUCUACUCCGUGGGUGAUCAAUGAACAAAUGUUGAACGUGCUAAAGAAUGUCUUUGGACAAUCUUCCUCGGCAAGUUCGAAGCCUCUUCUGGAAAAGUUAGGAAUCCCAAUGAGAGAGGAUACUUUUGAAGUUCCUCAGUUUACAACUGAGUUUGGUUUUGGUGUCAACAGAGAAGAUGUGGACGUGGAGAAGUUUAGAGAUUAUGCGAAGCGAAAAGCAGAAGCGAUAAAGAUGAGAAACGAAAGCAAUUCGUUGUGGUACUGGAUGUUCUACCGUGUUGUUCUUGCUGAUUAUUUCUGUGGACAGACUCUCUUCUUCCCCCACAAUAUGGAUUUCCGAGGCCGAGUAUAUCCACUUUCUCCGUAUCUCUCUCACAUGGGAGACGAUGUGAAUCGGAGCAUUCUAAAGUUUGCCAAAAGUCAGCCGCUUGGUGAGAACGGAUUGGAUUGGUUGAAACUGCAUUGCAUCAAUUUGACUGGAACGAUGAAACGAGCGAGUAUAGCCAAUAGAAUGGCAGAAGUGAACCAUCUUCUUCCGACAAUUUUGGACUCUGCCAGAAAUCCUUUAAAUGGAGAAAACUGGUGGAUGGCGUCGGAAGAACCGUGGCAGACUUUAGCAGCAUGCAUGGAGAUCGAAAAUGCUCUUCGUUAUGGACAUGACGUCAAACAAUUCCCCAGCCAGUUACCAAUUCAUCAAGAUGGCAGUUGCAACGGACUACAACAUUAUGCCGCGCUGGGAAGAGACAAUGAAGGAGGCGUUCAGGUUAACCUUACCAAUUGUGAACUGCCGAAUGAUGUGUACUCUGAUGUGGCAUUUAGGUUAGUAUCUGGAUAUGAACCAUUUUUGUGAAUAUUCCGGAAGGUUGCAGAGUUGAACAGAAGCGGUUACACGAUGAAACAUCAAACGGAGAAGAUCGAGACGUGGCACUAAAGCUUCGACAAGCUCUCCCGCAAGGCGUUCCUCGAAAAGUGAUCAAGCAAACUGUGAUGACAACAGUGUAUGGAGUCACGAUGUACGGCGCAGUUCUUCAAAUUAAACGUCAACUUCGUGCUUUGGAUAUUCCAGGAGAAGAGGUAAUCUGAGUCUGAUUCAACUUAUAGUUAUUUUCAUCCAGGCAGCUGAAUUCGCCCGUUAUUUGGCCAGAAAAACAUUUGCCAGCUUAAAUGAUGCAUUCACAAGUUCAAUGGCUCUCAAAGAUUGGUUCCGUUUGAUUGCAAAAGGAGCCAGUGAUCUUAUGCGAACUGUCGAGUGGGUGACGCCGCUGGGGCUGCCAGUUGUGCAACCGUACUGCAAGCUAGUGGAACGGAAGUCGAAACUGAUCCUGGCGCCAGUGCCGAUGAAGCAAGUCGACGCGUUCCCUCCUAACUUUGUACACUCUCUCGACUCAACACACAUGAUGCUGACUUCACUGAAUUGCACGAAUCGGUAAUGUUACUGUUUUCAAAAAUGAUUGUUUUUGAACCUACUACCAGAUGGGAACAUAAUGAUUGUAUUCUUCAGAGGAAUAACAUUCGCUGCAGUUCAUGACUGUUUUUGGACGCAUGCCAAAUCGGUCGAUGAGAUGAAUGCGAUUUGUCGUCAGCAGUUUGUAUUCCUUCAUUCACAGCCAAUUGUUGAGCAGUGCUCGGAAUGGUUCAAACACGCGUAUUUAACUUCAAAAGUUCAAAAGAUACUGCCACCAAAAGAGUACGAGAGAUUCUUGGAUAUUUUCACUGCAAAGGUAAAGCCCGGAGAUCUCGACAUCGAGCAAGUAAAAAAUUCUAUUUAUUUCUUCAGUUAAUGCGAUUUUAUCGCUCCUGCCCCGUCGGCGUUUGCAUACUCUACCCUAAUUUCAGAACACGGUGA